GGGUCCCAGUUCUGCGGUGUCAGCGUCCUGCCCCGCCGCGCCUCCUCUUCCCCCACCCCGGUUCGACAGUAGGCUGUAGUUCUGAGGGCUCUUCGAGUCCUUAGGGGCAGUGGCGGCAUCAGCUAACGUGCCGCUGGCCGGGGAAGGGGGUGGGCAGCAACGGCGGCAGCGCCGGGGCCCCGGGGAACUUCUGUUGUACGGUCCCGGCCUCGUAGUUGCGGAGCAGGCCGGGAAGCCACUCGGUGGCCGAAAGUGCCUUCAUGAAUAACUUAAAUGACCCUCCCAACUGGAACAUCCUGCCAAAUCGACGAGAGCCUGGGGAUGAUGGCAGCAGAUGGAACUACGCCUUGCUGGUCCCCAUGCUGGGCUUGGCCGCCUUCCGUUGGAUCUGGACCAGAGAAUGUCAAAAAGAAAUAGAAAGAGAAAGAAAAGAAUAUUAUCAGAAACGGUCUUCUUUACAAAAAGACCUGGAAGCCAAAUACCGGGAUAUAAUCACGGAAAAUCGUCGCACGGUUGCUCAUUUGGAGUUGGAGCUUGAAAAGGAACGCAACAGAACCCUGAGUUACCGGGAGGCCCUCGUGUCCCAGAGUCGCAAACUGGUAGAAGAGAGAAGAAUCCUGGAACAGGAGCAGGAGAAGUUGGAGCGAGAAAAACAAGUCCUUUUGCACUCAGGAGCAGCGGGUAGCUUGUACCAAAGUUACCUGGCAAAGGAAGAAGAGUGGCAAAAGAGAGCCAAGAUUUUACUGAAAGAACUGGAAGAGGGACUUAAAGAAAGACAGGACAUCUACUGCAGUCUGGUUAUACCCAGAGGCCAGAGACUAGAAAUAGAGAAAAAUCUGCUAGUUAAAGCAGCAACUGAUCCUGUUGCUAUGGCUUUACAUAUGGAAAGUGGCUUAAAAGAUAUUUUCAAACAUGACAACUAUUGUGGCAAUCUGCUGAACAGAAACAGAAGUCAAAACGGGAAACUCAUGUGGCUGUAUUUGAAAUAUUGGGAACUAGCUAUUGAACUACAAAAGUUCAAGAGGGCAGAAAAGGCUAUGUUGGGAAAACGAUAAGUAGGGGAAGUUACGGGGUUUUAUGAGAUCCACUGUGCAUAGUAGAGACAAUCACAGUUGUGUAAUUGAGCUGUUAAAUUCUCCUGCUGUGUUUCCAUUUCUCCUCCUCAUUGCACUUAUAUUUGCAUGGGAUGUGCAGUGUUGGUGCCUUUCCUAUCACUGUAUCACCACAGAUGCUCCAGUGAACUAUGCAUGCUCUUAAACUCUGUGGGUGUGUUUGUAUUGCAGACUGCAGCAUAGUCUAGAGGUACGCCAGCUUCCACAGGUAUCUGAUGCAGUAAAAAAGAACUCCAUUUGAAGUGAUUGACCUGGCUGAUGGUCACACUCUAUCAACAGAGAAGUGUGAUUUGUAUCCCCCAAGUGAAGUAGCACAUUGUAUUCCUUAUCUCUGAUGUUUUACCUGGUCUCUCAGUGCUAUGGGGUUUGUUAUAUAUUUUAUUUUAUGAAUUUUUGCUUGUUUAAGUGAGACUGAUAUUGAGGCAGAUGUUUGGAAGGGACUGUGUUUGAGCAGAGUGCUUGUCCCAUAAAUCCUACACGUGUAUAUAUGUACAUAUCUAUAAAUACAUGUAUGUGUGAAUGUGUUUGCACAUAAAUGUAUGUAUUAGUAUUCACAGGGGGGCAAUAGUAUGAUAAUGUUUCAAAUUAAUCACUCUUGCAUCGCCUUCCAGCUUUAUAUACAAAUAUUACUUUCCAAAGGAAAAUCCAAAAUAUGCUACUUAAAUUACACAUAAAGGAAAAGAUUGAUGAAAGUUAGGAAUCCGUGCUGCAAUAUCCACAGAGAUAUGUUAGGAAUACUUAGGGUUUUUUUCUUAGGGUUUUAGUUGUAACCCAACAGUUUGCCUCCAUUCUAGAUGUCCCUUUGCUGCUGCCUUGUCACCCCAGCACAAUGGCUGUAACCUGGUCAGCGUGCAGGGACCUCUGUGGGUUACAGCCAUUGCAGCUGGCUCUGUUCCUUGAACAGGUCUGGUUUGUUAUCCACACACAGGAAUGUAAAUACAGCCUACACUGGGAGCCACUGCCUCCCUCCCUGACUGUUACUGUUCUUCCAGAACUGAAGUAUCCUUUUCCACAACUCCUGAGUUUUGAGCGUUUUGAGUUUUUUGAGCGUUUAAGUUUUUUCACCACUUCAUAUACAUGUGACCAUGAAUGCCUACAGAUACACAGCUUUUGCAGACUUAAGAAAGGGAGCUUUUUGCUUUAGUUAUCACAGUAAAAUAAACAGAUCUAGGUAGUAACAAUAAUUUAAAAAAAUACCCCAGUGCAUUUCCAUGUUUGGAAUCCCUUAAAACUCUUGAGUAUUCUUUGGGUCCUUGUAGUAGUAAAACGUUUUUCUCAAAUGUGCCAUGUAUUUUGCAAACUAACUUUUAUCUUCUUUCUAAUCCAGCCUUGGGCCUCAAAGGGGCAGUGUUGGCCCUUUUGUUCAUAACACGUGGUCUUCUCUCUUACUUGACUUUGAUUAGUGUUGGUAGGUUGUCAGUUUAAUUAGCAAUUUUAUAUUUACUGGUGGCUACACUUGACAAACACUUUUGCUUUAGGCAAUCAGCUACUGCGUGGCCCAGAAGCAAUCCAGCUAAGUGAAGGCCUGUCCCAGUUUUAACAGAGAAUUCCAGCAGAUGUGAGGUUUGCUUACUAUUUCUAGUUUCUUUUCAGUCUGGGCACGGAAAACGGCGGAUAAAUCUUUUGAAGUAGUGUGUGCAAUGUAAUCCAGUUACUCAGCAAAAAUGUUUAGCAUGAAACAAAAUCCCUAAGAGAAUACAUUUCCCAACUGAGUUUUUCAGUUGUGAUUUUGCUCACCUUGGUGGUACUAAUUAUAUUGUUGUAUUUGAUUUAUUAGUCUCUUAUGUACUGAUAUUUUUGUAUCAGUUGCAGUAGACAGGCAGACCUAAAAAAAGAUUACCAGGCCAAAAUUUGUCUGGAUGUUGAGCGUAUGCACAGUGGGAGAUGAGAAUGCAAUUGAGUUGCCACUGGUGUGUGACAGCCUGAGCCAGGCUGCUGUAGCUGGCCAUAUGCACCUGCCAUAAUUGUCCGGUAGAACUAAUUAGUUUGAACAACUAAUUAGCCCGUGUGUAAUUCAUCCAGGAUGUGGAAGGUAUCUAACCACACAUCUGUAGUGCAUUUCAUGUGUGCAUACAGGCAGUUAGGCAACUCAGCAGCUGGUGAAUCGAUGCCAUUGUAUUCAAGACUCAUGCCUUGACUGUAAUAUUCAUUAGUUCUUAAUGUU